GCUGGUCUUGCCGGAGUAGAGCCAGGGCUCUUCAUUACCUGACAAUAUUUGUUUGGGGUGUUGUCCUGUGUUUGGCCUGAACCAGCUCUAGCCCCUUAUAAAAGCAGAAUGGCUUUGAUCUGCUCAGUGUCUGUUCUUCACCGAGGAGAGGAGAGGGGACCCACGGACAGCAAGCCAAGUGUGUGGAAGGCAAGGGCUUUUGCCUAGAUUGGACAUGACCAAAGCAAGAAAUGUGGAUUCAAGAGAGGAGCACCACCCUCUUGGGAAAAUGGAAGACCCAUGCCCUCAUGAUGCUGAGAGGAUGAGCAACAGUCAUGGUGCAAACCAGGAGCCCUCCAGCCGAAAUUCAGUGGUGAUCUGCCAAGCAGUUGGGAGAAGUAUCUUCACCUCCAGCAUCUCUUCAGCAGCAGAACGAGUCGGCCUUAUGCUGAAACAGGAGGAAGAGGGAGGGAAUGAAGAGGCAAGCUCUCCAGUGCUAUUUAUACAGCUCUCUGAGCUCUUCAAUACCCCUGAAGGAUUGGAGUGGAGGCAAACCGCCAGGUGGAUAAAAUUUGAAGAGAAAGUGGAAGAUGGAGGAGAGCGCUGGAGCAAGCCUCAUGUGACCACCCUGUCCCUUCAUAGUCUAUUUGAGCUGCGUACAUGUAUAAGGAAAGGGGCCAUCUUACUAGACCUGGAAGCACACAGUUUUAAGCAAAUAGUUGAGAAGAUAAUGGAGAACCAGAUUGAGAACCAUGCGCUCAGGCCAGAGCAUUUGAACAAACUCGCCCACAUAUUGCUUCUGAGACCUCAACACCAUACAACCAAAUCUCAGCUGAUGAUGCUGGUGGAGAUGGGUUCAGGCCCCUGCUGCUCUGACAAAUUGAAUAGCCACACAGAUGCAAAGAGUGAGAUUUCAGAAAUCCCUUUAAAGGAGCAGCUCAAAAAUAAGUUCAAGAAGAAGAUUCCAGCUGGGACUGAAGUGGCCAACAUUCUUGUAGGAGAAGCCAGCUUUCUGGAGAAGCCCUUCAUUGCUUUUGUGCGCCUGCAGCAGUCGGUGCUCCUUGGAAACCUGACAGAGGUUGCUUUUCCCAGCAGGUUCCUCUUCAUCCUAUUGGGUCCAAGAGCCAAAAUGAAGGCCUAUCAUGAAAUUGGCAGAGCUGUGGCUACUCUCCUGACAGAUGAGCUUUUUCAGAGAGUUGCCAGGAAAGCAAGUGGCAGAGGAGAUCUCAUCGCAGGAAUUGAUGAGUUUAUGGAUGAGCUGACUGUCUUACCUCCAGGAAAAUGGGACCCAACUACCCGAAUUGCUCCCCCCAAAUGCUUACCUUCACCACAGAAGAGGCUCUCCUUACACCUCCGUGAAUGGAGUCCUCACUCUAAUGGGAACAAAUCUAUGAUGGAUGACCGGCAUGGUCAUGGCCAUGGCCAUGGCCACCAGCAUGUCAGUGAGGAGUUGAAGAGAACAGGACGAUUAUUUGGAGGACUAUUAAAGGAUAUCCAGAGGAAAGCUCCCUGGUACUGCAGUGAUUUUUAUGAUGCCCUUAACAUCCAGUGCUUUUCAGCCAUCCUUUACAUCUACUUGGCAACAGUCACCAAUGCAAUCACCUUUGGAGGAAUGCUGGGGGAUGCUACAGAUAACAUGCAGGGUGUGCUGGAGAGUUUCCUGGGCACUGCUUUUGCUGGAGCAUUUUUCUGCCUGUUUUCUGGUCAGCCUCUCACCAUUCUGAGUAGCACCGGGCCUGUCCUUGUCUUUGAGCGACUCCUCUUUUCCUUUAGCAAGGAUUAUAACCUGGAUUAUUUAGAAUUCCGCCUUUGGAUUGGCCUGUGGGUGGCCUUUUUUGGCCUUAUCCUGGUGGCAACGGAAGCCAGUUAUUUGGUGCAGUAUUUCACACGCUUUACAGAGGAAGGCUUUUGUGCCCUCAUCAGCUUCAUUUUCAUCUACGACGCUAUUAAGAAGAUGCUGUCUCUAGUGGAACAUUACCCGGUGAAUUGGGACUACAAGAUCAAUGAUGUUACCUUGUACAGCUGCACCUGCCAGAUGCCAGAGGCAGGCAACUUUUCUCUUUUGAACAAGACACUGUUCCCAGCCAUUAGCAGUUCUGGAGAGCCCUUGGACUUGGAGCCUGGGAACUGGUCCCUGCUGACCAAGAAACAAUGUGUGCAACUCGGAGGCCACCUGGCGGGCAACAGCUGCAGUUUUGUGCCUGACGUCACCUUCAUGUCCUUCAUUCUGUUCCUAGGGACCUUCCUCUGCUCCCUCAUCCUGAAGAACUUCAAGUCAAGCCGCUAUUUCCCCACAACUUUGAGAAGGCUGGUGGGUGAUUUCUCCAUUAUCCUGGCCAUUCUUAUCUUCUGUGGGAUCGAUGCUGCUCUUGGAUUAGACACUCCCAAGCUCAUUGUGCCCAGUGAAUUCAAGCCCACAAAUCCUACACGAGAUUGGUUAGUGUUUCCUUUCGGAGCAAAUCCUUGGUGGAUAUACUUGGCAUCAUCUGUGCCUGCCAUUUUGGUCAUCAUCCUCAUCUUCAUGGAUCAGCAAAUAACAGCCGUGAUUCUCAACCGCAAAGAGUAUAAGCUGCAGAAGGGGGCAGGAUUUCACCUGGAUUUCUUCUGUGUUUCCCUUUUGAUGAUCUUUACUUCCAUCAUGGGCUUGCCCUGGUAUGUGUCAGCCACAGUCAUCUCCCUGGCCCAUAUGGACAGCCUUAAGAAAGAGAGCACCACGUGUGCUCCAGGAGAACAGCCAAAGUUCCUUGGAAUCAGGGAGCAAAGAGUGACAGGACUGGUGGUCUUCAUCCUCACAGGGUUAUCUGUUUUCUUGGCACCUGUACUCAAGUUUAUCCCAAUGCCUGUACUAUAUGGCAUUUUCCUCUACAUGGGCGUGUCUGCACUUAGCAGUAUUCAGUUCACAGACAGACUCCAGCUCCUGCUGAUGCCUGCUAAACAUCAGCCUGACUUCAUUUACCUCCGCCAUGUUCCACUACGGCAAGUCCAUCUCUUCACCUUCAUUCAGAUACUUUGCCUAGCGGUCCUAUGGAUCAUUAAGUCAACUGCAGCUGCCAUUAUUUUUCCAGUAAUGCUGCUGGCUCUUGUAGGCAUCCGGAAGGUGAUGGAAUACAUCUUCCCCCGGCAAUACCUGGCUUGGUUGGAUGACAUUAUGCCAGAGAAGGAGAGAAAAGAAGAAGAAGAAGAAAAGCUGAAGAGGAAGCAAGAUCAGGAUGACAGUGACAGCGAGGAUUCUGAACUUAUGUACCAAGAAAAAGGACCAGAAAUCAACAUUUCUGUGAACUAGAGGGAUUGAUAUACACUGGUGGACCAAGCAAAAAUAAAUGUCUAAUAUUAGACUGUACUAGAAGUGCUGGGAAACCUCUGCCUGGAAGGACACCCUUACCUCUUUUACUUAUGGUGACAGCCAUUUUUGCUGUUACCAGGAUGGGGUGGUAUGACAUGCAGGUUCUACCUUUGCUCAACUGCAGAUACUGCAAAGCAGGACUAAGGACAGGAACAAAAGACAGAAAGCCCCCAUACACACUGCCAUCCUGCAGUGGACCGCUAUAUCACAAACUCACUGCUGUCACCAUCAUGAAUGGACAGAGGACCAUCCUUCACUUGCACUAUAACAGAAGCACAUGAAAAGAUGGGACCAAACCAGAAUGGCCCCAUGACCUGCUUCUCAUGUUCGAUACUCAUCUCCUGCCAUCAAAGUUUUCUGGUGCUACAAAUGGUUGUAAAACUCUAAAGUACUUAUCUAAUUCUGCUAGCGAUUACUGAGGAGUUAUUGAAGUUUUGUGUGAUGCAGUCGUACAGUAACUGAAAGAGUAUCCAAAACAUCUAUCCUUGGGACUAAGCUCUGCUUGUAUGAGUGGUGCUUCUACAUCAGUGUAUCUUUGGAUGUUUGCACUGUCUUCUGUGUUCAUUUAAAAUUGUCCCUUGUUGAUUUUGUCCCCAUCCGUUGUUCUUGUAGAUAAUCGGGACCCCAUUAGUAUUUGCAGAUCUAUCUCGUGGGGGAUCUUUUGUCUUUUCUACUAGCUGGUCUAGAUCAUGUAUAGGAACAGGCUUUCUUCUUAGGUAAGCACAUCUUAUCUCUCCUUGCUGUGGUUCACUUCCUUUCUCUCAUUUACAAACACUUAGAGCAGGAAUUAAUACAUGGCCCAGAUAUUACUACCAGUAUAUUAUUUCUAUGCAUACCAAUUUUUUCUGCUUUUAUUCAGCACAAUCCUUUGAUAUCUGGAUUGGCAUCUCUGGGCCCUUUAGAUAUAUUGAGGCUUCCCUCCAGAGAUAGAGGUCCACCCUCUGAAGAGCUUCUGCAAAAACAUCUCUUAGCCUAUAUCAGUCCAGCAUAGAAAGGAGGAAAAGGGGGGCCAGUGUAGGAAUGAGGGAUAUUGUCUGAGAGAGGCUUAGGAUGAAAAGUAUCCUGGGCCAUAAACAUGUCCUCAAACCCGCUGAUAACCAAUGUCAACACUGGAGUUAUUGUAAGAAAUUUGUAAAAAAG